AUGUCGAUAAUCAGCAGCCUGCCCGCAGAGCUCCACCUCGCCAUCAUGAAGCGAAUGAACCCCGAAGAGAUCCAGCCGUGGAUCCGAGCAAACCCGGACGCAUUCAGAUGCUUUUCCACAUACAGCUUCACAAUUUUAAAGAAACAUGUCCCGGAGAUAGGCCUGAUUUCCGAUCUCCAAAAUCGGGUCUGCGACUACAAGUUGAUCGGUGUCGAAGUUCACGACGCGUCCAACCCUUCAGCCAACCCCAAAUUCGGCAUCACAUCCAAGACGACUAGCAUCGGCUGGCCAGCGACCCAGGUCACCACGCUGGCCCUACUGAGGCUCCUCGUAGAAGCCCGCGCUCAUAGACGUAAGGCCAAUCGUCUUCGCUUCAACCAAUGGUGGGGGGCAUCAUUUGACCAACAACUGUGGACGGAGGAACGCAAGAUUUCCUCGACGUUUGUAGAAUUGUUGAAAAGGACCCCGGGGAACCACACCACAGCGUUAUUCAUGGCGAUGUUUGACAAUUUCGUCGUAACAUAG